AUGCCAUAUAUCUUGGUAUCAGAUACUAAAGGCGACGACCGGUCUUGUCCCAAGGAAGCUGCACAACGCAAGAGGCCAUACUGUGUUUAUCAAGAAAACCUUACUUGGGAUGACAAUUUGCCACGAAAGAAGCCACGCCUUUCCUCACACAUCGAUGGCCCCUUGUCCCGAUUACCUGCCGAAAUAAUUUUCCAAAUUAUAUCCGAAAUUAUGGACCGAACGACCCUUUUGAGUGUUUGCCGAGUGAAGCCUUUCAAGGGCAUCAACAUGGACGCUUUCCGUUCUGCCUACACCGAGGAAGUUAGACGGGGAGAGUAUACACCCGAUAAUGCGAUUGACACCAUUUCCAAACACAUAAAACAACAUCAAGAGGCGGCUCUGAUGAUUUUUGAAGUCACUUGGAAAGGCAUGAUCCGUGAAGGGCAGUUGAAAGGUGCUGUUUCUUUCCUAAACCGCCUUGGUCACGGACUAGAUGAAGAGGAUUUCGACACAGUGCUACUGUCACUGCGAACCAUGUAUGAUGACAUUGUUCUAGAAACUUCAUGGGACACCUGGGCAGCUGCGUUUACAGCAGCAGAUUUCUUACACGAGGAAUAUCGAAAUGAUGACACUAUAAAGAUGAUCAAAAGGAUACGGCAUGGAGCUGUUUCUAAACGGCCUACCUUGUGUUAA